CUGAUAAUGCCGAAGUUUCGUUUUUAUCAGCGAUUGGGAUAAUAAAAUCAAUGAAACCUUGUUAAAAAAGGACAGACGGUGGAUAGUUGAAGGUUUUGUCGUCUGGAAGAUUUAUAGUUGUAGAAGAUUAGCAUUUUUGUGGAGUUAUUGAAGAGGAAAGUAGCAUUUUAAAAUUUGAAAUAAACCAUGUUCAAGACAAAGGACAAGAAUGUUGCCGAUAUAAAAGACAGCGAAAAGGUAACGAAACACGUAGUCACUGAAACAGUGGAAAAAAGAGGAGGAGUCCAAACUACAACCACCACCAUAACAUGCACUAAAGACGAGUUCGAUUCGGCCUUCAAGAAACUGAAUCUUGAUCCCGAGAAAUUCAAAUCGGGGGGUACAACAGUGACCAGGCAAAUAAUAUACAGCAAUAGCUCUGGGAAGAAGGAGGUGCUCGAAGAGACAGUCGAAACCUAUGGAGAGCCAGGACAAAGUACAAAAAUAUCUAAGGACAUUCCGAAAGGCCCGACAUCGCCCAUGAAAUUGGUGCUGAACACGAGCCAACCUUCAAAACCAGUGAAACCAGUGGAUACUGCCUCUAAGCCAGCGCAGAGUACAGUGAAACCUCAAAAGCCGGGACAGUUUGAAGAAGAAUGCUUGAAAAAGCACAAUGAAUAUCGUACGACGCAUGGUGUACCCAAAUUGGAAUUAUCAAGUGAGAUUUGUGGCUAUGCCAAAGAAUGGGCUGAUCAUUUGGCUGCGAAGGACGCAUUCCAACAUCGAACUGAACGAAAAUAUGGCGAAAAUAUUUUUAUGAAGUGGAGUUCGAAUCCUAACCAUGCAAUCACGGGUGCCGAAGCUGUCGAAAGCUGGUAUAGUGAAAUAAAGGAUCACACGUUCGGCCAAGAACCUAGAUCCCUGAAAUCUGGGCAUUUCACUCAGGUAAUAUGGAAAGAAAGUAAGAAAAUGGGUGUUGCAUGGGCCAGAAGCAAAUCUGGAAAAAUACUUGUUGUCGCCAACUAUGAGCCAGCUGGGAAUUUCAUUGGUAGAUUUACUGAAAAUGUUCCUCCGCCCAAAAAAUAAUGGAACUGAUUGAAAUUACAAUCCUUUUGAAGUAUUUCACAAUUAGUCUUUGAUGUAACUUGUAGCAAAUUUGUUCCUUGAACUUUUAGGGUGUCCAGAAAAGGUUUGAUGGUUUUAAAAAUAGAAUUGGCUUAAUUAUGGUAAUUAUUAAAAUUAAUCGAAGAAGGAAUUAAUUUGUGAAGUUGGAAUAUUUUUUCCGUUCUUGGAAAUAGUAUCAAAAAGCACCGACAGAUGGCGCUUUAAUUACCUUUUCAGUAGUUGUCAUCGUUUGAAAGACGGUUCGAAAUCACUAGAAAAUGUUUCAAUAUUUUCACGUAUUUGAGCUACGGCUUAAGAAAAUGGCGUACUUAUUAGCAACGGUCUAUAUUAUUUUGGCAUGGUUUUAAAUUCAUGGAAAUGCUUUAAUCCACUUAAUCACUUUCUGGAAUUCUGGGUAAGACUAAGAACAGUAUGUAAUUUCUCGCCAACCAUUUAAAAACCUCGCCAAACUUUCGCCAUCUUGAAUUAUCAAAACAUAUAAGAAUAAACGAUUUUGAAUUGCAUAAAAAUUUGUCGACUAUUAAAUUUUCCAGGAUGUCAUUAAAAAAAUAUUUAAAUUUAUCGACCUUAUUAAAACCAAUCAAAUUUUGUGGAUCUAUUUAAUCCAUCAAGUAUUUCCCAUGGAAAAAUUCGAAUGGAUUUAGAGUGUAACAAGUGUAUCAACUAGAUAUUGGAAAAUUUUUACAUGAAAUUAUAAACUUUAUCGCACUACUGUAGCUUCAUAUCAUAUAGCAUAUUUCCGACUGUUUGAGAGAAUUCGUCUAAUAUAUUCAGAAUGCAAUAUUUUGAUUCAUCGACAUAUUUUUUCUGUAUCUCUUUUAAUAAUCGGUGUAGUUACCCUACUGCCGGACUUAAUACAGUAAAUGUCUGCACAAGAAAUCAUACUGACAGGUGAUUUUCAAUUUUAUUUCCAAUGAUUGACAUCUCCUAAACUGGAACGCCAUCUUUAGGUGACUUUUGGAACUAGUAAACAUAAUAAUAUUAAAAUAAUUUAGUAACAAAGCUUGAUUACGUAGAUUGUCCAAGUUGAUUUACUGCUUCAUUUCAUAACCAUCAGUCCUUUCUGAAUACCCUAGAAAUACAUUACCAAAGAAUUAUGUAUCAGUGUUAUAGUCAUUUCAGCAAUCCAAAAGCCUCAAACUAUUUUGCGCAUGGGCAAAUCAGGUAGUCCAUUUACGGAAGGGAGUUCGUCUUUUGAGACGAGUUUACUGCUUCAAUAAUAAUAACGGAAUUUGUAAUUAUAGUUGAAUAGUAAAAUAUGAAACGUAAGUAAAAGUAUUUAUAGAAUUGAAACAGUUUAGUCAGUUAAGUCUAUUUAUAGAAUUUAAACAGAUAAAAUCUCAAAAGAAGGUCUUUUGGAAAAUCUUGUUUCGCAAAUAUUGGUAUAAUGUGUCCAUAUAUAGUUCCCUUGCCAGGAUAUGGAAGUUUCUAUAAGCAUUUCGGAUCUUGGGUUUUAAUUGAAAUAUCAUCAAAAUUUCUAGAACCUUGGAGAGGAAUAAAUGAAUUCGAGAAGUAUAUGAAUAAAUAACAGGGUAAUACAUAAUAAAUUUGAAUUAAAAGAAAUUUGGAAAGUCUGAAAUUCAAUUAACAGGAAAACUAUCCUCAUUUGAAGAUAUAAUUCAGCUUUCCCUUCCUGUCGUUGUCCUUUUAAGUCCGUCAACUCCAUAGAAUGAAUGGAAAAUUCGUGGAAUUCGCCAAUUGAGGGUUUCGUAUCGCUGAAUGAAAUAUAGAAGUUGAAGUAUCAUUUUAUUUAUUUCUUUUCUUAGGACCUAUAAAAAAAUUCUUGAACUUCUAUUUCAAACUAUUCCAUUCCAGAAUUCAAAUCAUUUCAUCUAUCCAGUGUUUUAAUCUAUUGUAGCUAAUAUUUUUUAGGGAAUUUUUUUUUAAUUUUCAAUAUUUAUUUAAUAGUUUUUAUACAUAUGUAUUCGUUUACGUUGUAAGUGUACUAAAAUCGUUUAAUUUCCCCAGUCUUUUCUUUGCUAUAUGUAUAUUAUGCACUCAUUUGUUUGGAUUUCUUUCUGUUGUUUAUAUCAAUAGAAUUUAUUCCCAAUUUUUUUUUAAUUAUGUAUUUUGCAUAACUCUGAUAAAUGAAAAGUAUUUUUUGGAGUUCUCAUGUAGGUUCAUAUAUAUUUCUGAAUAUUCAUUAAAUGAAGAUAGUUUGGGGCUCUUAAUUAAAAUGUAUCUCUAAUAACUAUAAUAACUUUUAAAAUUAACUCUUGAAUUACUCUGGAGAUUAUUCGAAAAUAUAUUUUACAUAUUUAAACAUUUGCUUUUAUCUGCUUCGAAAAAGGGAAACCCACUUCAAAUAUACAGGGUCUCCAUUGCUAUCGUGGCCCAAUAACCGUUAAUUAUUGCAAAUGUUAGAUAUAAAUAUAUUGCUAUGGAAAAUCGACCCUGCGAGUGUAUUGGAGAAGUUCAACAACCUUAAUAAUGGAUAAUGCUGCAUAUUUCACACUCACACACACGCACACACACACACACACACACAAAAAAAAAAGAA